AUGCCCAGGUUUGACGGCUCCAACAGCAUCGAGACUUAUCGUUACCCCUGCGUCUGCUGUGGGCAUUUGACUUUUUCGGUUGACUCCUGGCCUGGCUCAUUCCAUAUCUGUCCCAUCUGUUUUUGGGAAGAUGACCUGACUCAACUUGAAGACCCAUUCGACAACAGUGGAGCGAAUCCUAUUUCUCUUCUGACGGCACAGUUGAACUACCAAGCAUUCGGGGCAUGCGACAAGAGUUGUCUCCCGCACGUUCAACAACCAACAGAAGAACAGCCAUUGUCGAGCUUUUGGCGUCUCAUUGAUCAAGAAGUCGAUGACUUUCUCGCCGGUGAGGUUGAUCCAACCGAUUGGCGAACAUACUGCUGGUGGCUGCCGCAGUUUCGAAAGCAGAAUAGAGAAUAA